CCGGCAUCGCUCCAUCCCGGGGUCAGCUCUUAGAAAUCGUCCAUCCCUCCCCAUUGUACAGAUGAGGAAACUGAGGCCAAGGGUCUGGGCGGAAGCCCGGGGGCGGCCUGUUCGGCCUCCUCGUUUUAUCGCCGGCGAAACUGAGGUCCCUGGAGGGAAGAAGAAGGGGAGGGUGGAGCCUAGGUCUGGGCCCUGGGGCACCUCCCCCGUACUCCUCCCCCGAACUCCUCCUCCCACCCUUUCCCCAGCAGAUGCUCCUGCCUGGAAGGUGCAGCAGAACUCGGGAUGGUCUGGGCCCAGGCUCCGAGGCCCGAGGGCCCGGCCGCUGGAGCUGUGUUGCCCCUUGGUGCCCAGGAGCUGGCUCAGGAGAUCAAGGCCUUUCUAACCGGGGUCGACCCCGUCCUGGGCCACCAGCUCUCGACGCGGGACCACGCACGCUGCGGCCUCCUGCUGCUCCGCUCCCUGCCCCCUGCCCGGGCCGCCGUCCUGGACCACCUGAGAGGCGUCUUUGACGAGAGCGUGCGCACGCACCUGGCCACUCUGGAUGACGUUGCCAGCCCGGGCCCACAGCACCUGCGCCCACCGCUCCCUUCCCACGUCCCUUCGGGGGGCCCUGGCCUGGAGGACGUCAUCCAGGAGGUGCAGCAGGUGCUCUCGGAGUUCAUCCGGGCCAAUCCCAAGGCCUGGGCCCCGGUGGUCAGCGCCUGGUCCAUUGACCUGAUGGGACAGCUCAGCAGCAAGUACUCUGGGCGGCACCAGCGGGUGCCUCACGCCGCCGGCUCCCUGAACGAGCUGCUGCAGCUGUGGAUGGGCUGCCGCGCCACCCGCACCCUGAUGGACAUUUACGUGCAGUGCCUGUCGGCCCUCAUCGGGAGCUGUCCCGACGCCUGCGUGGACGCCCUCUUGGACACGUCGGUCCAGCAUUCGCCGCAUUUCGACUGGGUCGUGGCCCACAUCGGCUCCUCCUUCCCCGGCACCAUCAUCUCUCGGGUGCUGUCUUGUGGACUCAAGGACUUCUGCGUCCAUGGUGGGGCCGGAGGGGGAAGCGGAGGAGCGGGCGGUCCCCCUCCGACCCCUUCGGCAGAUGCCUUCCCCUCAGUCCCUGCCGUCCCCGGAGAGAAGCGUGUGCCCAAGAUUGCUUCCGUGGUGGGGAUCCUGGGGCAUCUGGCCUCUCGCCACGGGGACAGCAUCCGCCGCGAGCUCCUCCGGAUGUUCCACGAGAGCUUGGCCGCAGGCUCUGGGGUGCGUGGAAGCGACCCCUCCCUUCAGGCUACAGUGCCCUUCUUGCUGCAGCUGGCAGUCAUGUCGCCGGCCCUGCUGGGCACCGUCUCCGGGGAGCUGGUGGACUGCCUAAAGCCCCCGUCGGUCCUGAGCCAGCUUCAGCAGCACCUGCAGGUCUUUAGCCGAGAGGAGCUGGACAACAUGCUGAGCCUCGCGGUCCACCUGGUCAGCCAGGCGUCCGGGGCUGGGGCUUACCGCCUCCUCCAGUUCUUGGUGGACACGGCCAUGCCGGCUUCCGUCAUCACGCCCCCCGGCCUGGCCGUCCCCGAUGCCGUCCGCGAGGCCUGUGACCGGCUCAUCCAGUUGCUGCUGCUGCACUUACAGAAGCUCGUGCACAAUCGGGGAGGGUCCCCCGGGGACGGGCUACUGGGUCCUCCUCCCCCGCCCCGCCCGGUGCCCUUCCUCGAUGCCCUGCGGAGCCACGUUGGAGAGCUGUGUGGGGAGACCUUGAGGCUGGAGCGGAAGCGCUUCCUUUGGCAGCACCAGCUCCUGGGCCUGCUGUCCGUCUACACCCGGCCCAGCUGCGGACCGGAAGCCUUGGGCCAUCUCUUGAGCCGGGCCCGAACGCCAGAAGAGUUGAGCCUGGCCACGCAGCUUUUUGCUGGGCUGGUGGUCAGUCUCUCUGGCUUGCUGCCCUUGACCUUAUGCAGUUGUCUGGCGCGGGUCCACGCGGGGACGCUGCUCCCCCCCUUCACGGCCAGGCUUCUCCGCAACCUGACUCUGCUGGUGGGGUGGGAGCAGCAGGGUGGGGAGGGGCCCACCGCCCUGGGGGCCCGUGUUGGCGAGGCUGUCUCUGCCCAACUUCCAGACCUGGCUCCCCUCCUGCUGCACCCGGAAGAGGAGGUCGCCGAAGCGGCUUCGUCCCUGCUGGCCAUCUGCCCCUUCCCUCAGGGAGCCCUGCUCCCUGCCCAGCUCCUGAGCCUGGUGAGGGCUGGGGUGUCCCGGUUCUUCGCCUCCCUGAGGCUCCACGGGCCCCCGGGGGUCUCCUCGGCUUCCCAGCUGCUCAUACGGCUCUCCCAGGCCUCCUCGGCCGGCCUCAAAGCCGUCCUCCAGCUUCUGGUAGAGGGAGCUUUGCAUCGGGGCAACGCCGAGCUGUUCGGGGGGGAAGGGGAGGCGGGAAACGAGAACGCGUCGGCUACGGCCUCCAGCUCGGCCUCCGCUUACCUGCUGGAGACCAACAGGCGGCACACGGCGGCCGUGCCGGGCCCCGGGGGCGUCUGGUCAGUGUUUCACGCCGGAGUGAUUGGCCGGGGCCUGAAACCUCCCAGGUCGGCCCAGUCCCGGAGCGCCCAGGAAGUGAUCUACAACACCCAGAGCCUGCUCCGCCUGCUGGUGCACUGCUGUAGCGUCUCGAGCGGGAACGCGGUCGGCGACUGCUGGGCGGCCCCGGCGCUGAGCCCCGAGGCGGCCAAAGCCGUGGCCGUGACCUUGGUGGAGAGCGUGUGCCCGGACGCCGCCGGGGCAGAGCUGACCUGGCCCCCCGAGGACCACGCCAGAACCACGGUCGAGCGGGAUCUCCGCAUCGGUCGCCGGUUCCGGGAGCACCCGCUGCUCUUCGAGCUGCUGAAGCUGGUGGCCGCGGCGCCCCCGGCCCUGUGCUACUGCUCGGUGCUGCUCCGGGGGCUCCUGGCGGCCCUCCUGGGGCACUGGGAGGCCUCCCGCCACCUGGACACCUCGCAGUCCCCCUGGCAGCUGGAGGCCUCCUGUACUCUGGUGGCCGUCAUGGCCGAGGGGAGCCUGCUGCCCCCCACCCUAGGCAACAUGCACGAGGUGUUCAGCCAGCUGGCGCCCUUCGAGGUGCGGCUGCUGCUGCUCAGCGUCUGGGGCUUCCUUCGGGAGCACGGGCCCCUGCCCCAGAAGUUUGCUUUCCAGCCGGAGAAGGGCCGCUUCGCCCGGGACUUCUCUCGGGAGGGGGGGGGCGCCGGGGGCCCCCACCUGGCCGUGCUGCACAGCGUCCUGCACAGGAACAUUGACCGCCUCGGCCUCUUCUCGGGCCGCUUCCAGGCCUGGCCCCCCUCCGCCUCGGCCCCCCCGCAGAGGCCGGCCCCUUGAGCUGCCCCUGCCCCUGGCCUGGGCCUUGGGGAGGCCUGGCCCGAAGCCUGGGCGCCCCGCCUCCGCCUCUGAGCCUGUGCUCUCCCCUCCACCGGUUCUUUCUUCCCCGCUAAAUAAAGGUUGCCCAGUUUGCAAUGA